UCUUUGAGAAGAUAUAAACCAAACGCUUCUGCCGAUUAGAAAAGGAAAAAUUUAAUUUUUAAACAAAUUUUCCUUAUCCAUUCAUUGUUAAAUUCAAUAAAAUAAUUUUCAUAAUAAAAUAAAGAAUCUUUUUAUAUGAAAACUUUAUAAUGUAUAAUUCAUUUUUCUUUCAAAAAUAAAACCCAAAAUAGAAAUCGACCGCAAACGCAAAGUAAUAUAAAAAAAAAGCCAAAGUGGCAGACAAAUCCCAAGAACAAUAUUUUAUCCAAAAAUUAAAGGAAAACAUGUCAGCAGCAUCUAUAGAACUCAGCUCAUAUCGUGAUCAACACUUUAAGGGUUCUCGUAAUGACCAAGAGCGUUCCCUCAAAGAUUCAACCACACUCUACGUCGGCAAUCUGUCAUUCUACACAACCGAAGAACAAAUCCAUGAAUUAUUCGGACGUUGCGGCGAUGUCCGCCGCAUUGUUAUGGGACUGGACAAAUACAAAAAGACACCUUGUGGAUUCUGUUUUGUAGAAUACUACACGAGGGUAGAAGCAGAGUAUGCCAUGAGAUAUGUCAAUGGAACUAGACUCGAUGAUCGUUUAAUUCGUGUAGAUUGGGACGCUGGAUUCAUCGAAGGUCGACAAUAUGGUCGAGGCAAGACCGGAGGUCAAGUUCGUGACGAAUAUCGGACAGAUUACGAUGCGGGACGAGGUGGCUAUGGCAAGUUGCUGCAACAGAAAAUCGCCCCCAACACAGACAACCGAUGAACCAAUUGUCUUACUCCUAAUCCAACUAUUUGUUUAAGAAUUUCGAAAAUAGAUUUAAAUAUAUAUUUUUACAAAUUAAA